AGCCUUUUUUCUCUUGAGUGCGCCCACGUUGGACAGUGCAGGUAGUGACUGAUUUAUUAGCGCCCCUUGCUGAUCGAUCUCCGUAAUGGCAGUGCAAGCUUGCUCUUGCCAUUAUCCAGCUUGGCCAGUGGAUUUCCAGAGCCCCUGCUUUCAAGUGGAGCCCGACUUUGAUUUCCAGGAAUUUCGCGAUGUCGUGGAUAGCUUCAUAUCAGAUCCAUCAUCUCUUAUGCUGGAUUCUGCUGAUUUUUCUUUCCCUGUGGAUGAUGAAGCCUUCAGCCCAUGCAUUCCUCUGCCUACCCAAGAGGAUCCUCUGUCUCAGAUGAAUGUAGAAAACAUCCCUUCUGCUGAGCAGUAUUGGAAAGACCUAGCUGAUCAUAAUCAGAAAGCCCUGGGGGAUGCGCUUGUGGAAAACAAUCAGCUCCAAGUGACACUUACUCAAAAGCAAGAAGAGAUUGCAUGUCUAAAGGAAAGAAAUAUCCAGCUCAAGGAACUGGCCAGCCAAGCCAAGCAGCUAGCAUCUGUGCUGGAUAAAUUGAUUAUACCUCAGUGUAAAGACAGCACAGAUGUUUCUGUCACCAAUGGCCCAAAUAAGAGAAGUCUUCUGCAAAUGACCAACAAUAACCAAGCAGCUGACACAGAAGUGAAUGAAAUCUUGCAGGAAAUAUCCGACAAAUGCAAUCUAGCCUUGCAGUCCAUUGAUGUAAACAGAGGACCAAAGCGUCCCCGUGGAGAGAGCGAUACAGUCCAAAUGUAUGGUGCUUUCCAUGGAUUGCAGACUCGGAACAGCUGCAGCUCUCUGGAUAUGAGUGGCAGUGACCUGGAAGAAGGGGUCUCCUUCAGGACAUCGAUCAAAGAGCACAGUAACAUCCGGACACUGGCUUUCCCUCAAGGCAGUGCGUUUACUUUCAGGACUGCCACUGGAGGCUAUAAGUUUAGGUGGGUUCCUAGCUGAUUAUUUUCUUCUUCAGUCAGCUAACUACACUCUCCUCAGCUUCCAAGCACACUGCCUGGGCUCAAACUUAAGUACUGUUUCCUCCUGUCCUCCUGGAACUUCAAAUGAACUGCUUCUGAUAAAUGCAAACCAGAGUUGCUAACACUUAGUGGGAAGUUAGGAAUUCUGUGAAGAAAAAUAGCUGCUGUUCUUUCAACAAAAUUGGAAGUAAAAGUGUGAAAACCCUUUUGGAUCUGCUGCUCACUUGAAUUGCUGAAAUAGGCCAGUAUCAAGUGUUUUGAACCAGUUUAGUGUAGUAGUUAAUAGCAGUGGACUCUAAUCUGGAGAACCGGGUUUAAUUCCCCACUCCUUCAAAUAAAGCCAGCUGGGUGACCUUUGGUCAGUCACAGCUUUCUCAGCCCCACCUACCUUACAAGGUGUCUGUUCUGGGGAGACGAAAGGAAGGUGAUUGUAAGCUGCUCUGGAGACUCCAUCAGGUAUUGAAGGAAGCCAACUCUCCUUUGUUAUGAUUAUAUGGUAAACUGUGUGAGUCUCUUGAUCUAUGGAAAUGGUCCCCUUAAGCUUCUAUAGCAUAUUAUACUUGAAGUCUCCUGGUUAUCCUUUCUCCAAAUGGCAACCUGCUAUCCAGGGGCAAUGGCUUAAUGUUUUUAAAGCAGUAACAACUGACCUACAUUUGUCAACAAGAGGGCAAACAGCUGAUUCUGUCUGUUAAUUGCUACUUGAUGGUUAAAUUGAGGUAGAAUAUUUGAUAGAAUUCUGAAAACACUGGAGCAUAUGCUUUUCUGGUUUGCCUUUACAGGAAAGAGCAGGGUCCUAGAAACUUGAUGGCAGACUGGUAAACACUGGCUGUCCACACAGCUGAGAUUUUGGUGCUGUUCUAUUUCUGGUCUCCUGGUGUGCGACAAAUUGGCUUACAUUAGUAUGUGUAGGGAAAUUGACCUAGUACUUUUUAGGAAUGUCUUAUAGUAAAUGGUUUUAUAGUCUUUUUUCUUACAGUUUAUCAGUUACUAUCAAAGUGGUUUGCCAUGAAGUAUGGAAAGAACAUUAUAUACACCCCCUCCAUUUUCUUCAAAGUGUGCUUUCUUAAGGUCCCUGCCUUCUGUCCAAUAGUCAAUUCGCUUCUUAAAGUCUUAGUGGCAGACACAAGAUCGGUCUUAGUAUCACACAGGCAAUGGGAAUUUUUUUUAACCGGGUGGGCCUGAUUCUCCAUGUGCACUAUAGUAGCUUUCAGAAGGUGCUUCAGCCUUCCUUCUCAAGAGUUGUUUUUGGGUCCUGAAACUGCCUCAGAUUUUUUCAUUGUGAAAACAAUAGAGUUUAUAUGGGUUUCGCCCCAAAGCAGUUUCAGGACAUAAAAAUGGUAUUGGGGGCAAUAGUAUUUGGGGGGGGGGGGUAGGUCCAAUCAGAACUGGACCCACAUAUGCCUGGGAGGUACACCAAAUUGCAUGUUUGAUAUGAAGUCCUUGUGACAUGUGAUUUCUCCCUAAGUAACUUGAAGGCAAUAUGAGAGGUUCAGCUUUCUGUUUAGAUAACUAAAGAGUUAUAAUGCUGCUAUUGCUCAGAGCUGCUAUACGGAUGGAGGUAGAGAGAGUGUAUCCUCUGAGGAAUCUUUUAUUAAGUGGUAGGAAGGAUGAAAGAGUAGUAAGGGAGGAAACAGUGGAGGAAUUUAAUCAGCACUCUCACUUUACAAGUAAGAUCCCCUGAAACCUGAAUAGGUGUGGUUCAUGUAGCACCUAUUUAAGGGUUCCCUUGCUAUCCAUCGAUAUUUAAUGUCUAGAAAGCAUCCUUAAAAGAUGGUGAGCAUGGGUGGGACCUUUUUGGAGCUAAAUAACAAUUGUAACAAUACCAACAAGUUUACAAAAUCAAGCUUUUAUACAUUUGUAUAUAUAAUUCUGUUCUGUUGAGUUUAGUUUUUUUGUGUGUGUACAGUGUAAUUAUGUUUUUAUUUUAGUUUUUUAAAAAAAUUGCUAGAAUCUGAUCAAGAAGGAGGAGCAAUUUUAUAGGGAUUAAAUUGAUGGGAUUACACUUGGAAAUGCAGUUCUCUGGCCUAAUAUAGAAGUAGUCUGUGCUCAUGUAACAGUGGUGCAGUCAUUGUAACAGAGGACUUUACUUUCUGCUGAAACUUGGUAAAAUGAAGGUGACAAUGAAGUAGGAUGGAAUGAAGUAUGACUGUUAAAAUUGAGACCUUGAACUCUGAAGGUUCUCAUUUUUGAUUCUGCUGUGAUUUGUUGUAAAACAUGGUGAAUGUCAAUAGCACUUUACAAUUACAGGCACGUAACAGCAAUAUGGAAGGCUGAUUCCACCCCUUAAGAAAAUGCCUCCAAUAAAAGUUGUAUUAUGAGAGAUUUAUUUCUCAGAGAAAA